AUGGCGGCAGGAGGGCAAACUUACAGUCUCUCCACAGCCCACCCCUGUGUCAGCAACUUCAGAAUGUGGCAGCUCGCAAGCCUCUUGCUGUUCACGGCCACCUGGGGAAUUUCCAGCACUCCAGCUCCUCCUGACUCGGUGUUCUCCAGCAGCGAGCGCGCGCACCAGGUGCUGCGGCUCCGCAAACGCGCCAACAGCUUCCUGGAGGAGCUCCGGCCAGGCAACCUGGAGCGGGAGUGCAGAGAGGAGAGGUGUGAAUUCGAGGAGGCCCAGGAGAUUUUCCAAAAUGUGGACGAGACACUGACCUUCUGGGCCAAGUACUUCGGUGAGUGCGUUCCAGACCCCUGGCUGGGCCGCCCGUGCUGCUCCCUUGGGGUCGCUGGGUUGGGGGGGGGCGCGGUGAGCUGGGCGGCCGGGGCCGGGGGCGGCGGGGCCGCGCACUUCGCGCCACCGCCCGCUGUCAGCGCUGCCUUCCUGUCGCCAGAGGUGCGCUUCUUCAACUGCUCGGUGGACAACGGCGGCUGCGCGCACUACUGCCUGGAGGAGGGCGGCAGGCGCCUGUGCAGCUGCGCGCCGGGCUACAAGCUGGGGGACGACCACGUGCAGUGCCAGCCCGAGGUGAGGUUCCCUUGUGGGAGGCUGGGGAUGCACAUGGAGAUGAAGCGCAGUCACUUGAAACACAACACAGACCAAGUGAACCAGAUGGGCCCGCGGAUCGUCGAUGGGAAGUUGACCAGACAGGGAGACAGCCCCUGGCAGGUGGUCCUGCUGGACUCAAAGAAGAAGCUGGCCUGCGGAGCAGUGCUCAUCCACACAUCCUGGGUGCUGACGGCGGCCCACUGCAUGGAGGACUCCAGGAAGCUCAUCGUCAGGCUUGGGGAGUAUGACCUGCGGCGCAUAGAUAAUUUGGAGAUGGAGGUGGACAUCAAGGAGGUCCUCAUCCACCCCAACUACAGCAAAAGUACCACCGACAAUGACAUCGCGCUGCUUCAGCUGGCCCAGCCCGCCACACUCUCAGACACCAUCGUGCCCGUCUGCCUCCCGGACAGUGGCCUUGCAGAGCGCGAGCUCACUCAGGCUGGCCAGGAAAUGUUGGUGACGGGCUGGGGCUAUCACAGCAGCCGAGAGAAAGACACCAAGAGGAACCGCACCUCCAUCCUCAGGUUCAUCAAGAUUCCCUUGGUGCCGCGCAAUGAGUGCAGCAAGGUCAUGAACAACGUGAUCUCUGAGAACAUGCUAUGUGCGGGCAUCCUCGGGGACCGGCGGGAUGCCUGUGAGGGUGACAGUGGGGGGCCCAUGGUCACUUCCUUCCAUGGCACCUGGUUCCUGGUGGGCUUGGUGAGCUGGGGUGAGGGCUGUGGGCUCCUUCACAACUACGGUGUUUACACCAAAGUCAGCCGCUACCUUGACUGGAUCCACGGCCACAUCAGAGAUAAGGAAGCCUCGCUCAAGAGCCAGGCGCCUUAGCAUCCCC